GGUAGUGUUUUAUUGUUCACUGCGAUGGCCCGGAUAACAACAACAUGGCGGCGACCAUGAAAUGGAAAAAAAUCUCGAAUUCUAGCGGCCCUGUACCGCGUCCACGGCAUGGCCAUCGUGCGGUGGCUAUUAGAGAGCUCAUGGUCGUUUUUGGUGGUGGAAAUGAAGGGAUUGUAGAUGAACUUCACGUUUAUAACUCAGCUACAAAUCAGUGGUUUGUGCCAGCUGUUAGGGGAGAUAUUCCACCAGGAUGCGCGGCUUACGGCUUUAUUUGUGAUGGAACAAGACUUAUCAUUUUUGGAGGAAUGGUCGAGUAUGGACGAUAUUCGAAUGAGUUAUUUGAGCUGCAAGCAAGUCGAUGGGAGUGGAAAAAACUGAAACCUAAACCCCCUAAAAAUUCAAACAUCCCUCCUCCUUGUGCAAGACUAGGGCACAGCUUUACUUUGGUUGGACACAAGGCUUAUUUGUUUGCUGGCCUUGCAAACGACAGUGAAGACCCAAAAAAUAAUAUACCAAGAUAUCUAAAUGACCUGUACGUGAUUGAUAUAAGGAGUGGCAGCUCUCUACAGUGGGAAUACCCCUCAACAUUUGGCACCCCUCCAUCUCCAAGAGAAUCCCAUACAUGUGUAUCAUUUUCCCCAGUGGAUGGCAAGCAUUCAAAGCUGAUCGUUUAUGGUGGAAUGAGUGGUUGCAGACUUGGAGAUCUAUAUCAACUAGAUAUUGAUAACAUGACAUGGUCAAAACCAAACUCACGUGGGGCUGUACCUCUUCCCAGAAGUCUUCACUCUGCAACAACAAUUGGAAACAAGAUGUAUGUGUUUGGUGGAUGGGUACCAUUAGUGAUGGACGAAGUUAAAGGCUUACAACAUGAAAAAGAAUGGAAAUGCACAAAUUCACUGGCUUGUCUCAAUUUAGACACUAUGUACUGGGAAAAUGUUGUAAUUGAUCAGUUUGAUGACUCUAUGCCGAGAGCAAGAGCUGGUCACUGUGCUGUAUCUAUCAAUACAAGGAUGUACGUGUGGAGUGGAAGAGAUGGAUAUAGAAAAGCCUGGAACAAUCAGGUUUGUUGUAAAGAUCUCUGGUUCCUUGAAACAGCAAAACCACCAGCUCCUAGCAGAGUACAGCUUGUUCGUGCCAGUACAACAACUCUUGAGGUUUGCUGGGGCUCAGUUUCAACAGCCGAUGCAUACGUUCUGCAACUCCAGAAAUACGAGAUGCCACCUGCGCCAGUUGUCUCUCAACAGUCUUCGCAUCCCACCUCUGCUAAACAACCAACUAAAACAGUAAACCCAAGUCUUCCUCCACGACCAUUAACAAGUCCAAGCAUUUCUCCCCUUAAACCCCAAGCUUCUGUUCCAAACCCAAACCUUAAAAAUUUUCAAGGACAAUUGCCAGUAAAGACAACUCCUGGAAGUAUGCCAGCACCAUAUUCUGUACCUGUGUCUGUUCCUAAGGUGACUACCACUACUGCUGCUGCUAAGGCAUUAGAAUCAAGUUCACAGCAAGCACCAGCUCCACCCAAUGUAUCCUCUCAGUCACACCCUACUAAAAGCCCAGUAGCAACUAUACAAGUGAGCCAACUUCCUGCAACUUCCACAUCUCCUGCUAUUACAGUAGCACCACAGGUGAAAAAAGUAGUGCCAACAACCAUGGUUAACACAGUUAGCUCAUCUACUCCAGCAAAAUCUACUGUAUCUACUCAGGCUAUUGUGCAAGGUCAGCCAGCAGGUGUCGGCACUCAGGGAGUGACACUUGUGAGAACACCAAUGCAGUUGCCACCAGGGGUUCAUGCUACAAUGAUAACCAAUGCACAAGGUGUACCUGUGAUGAAGCUAGAGGGCCCUGGUUUACAAGGUGCCAGUCCCAUCAUUAUGAACUCUCAGGUCAGUGCUACACAGCUUCAAGGAGCAACUAUUGUUAGAGUCACUACUCCUGUCUCAGUACCAGCAAUGAGUACAGUCAGUCAGAGCAUGGCAGCGAGACCGUCAGUCCCAAAUACAACGACAACAAGUUCUGUUGUCAAAAAAUUGCCAACACCAACACCUACUCCAGUCACAAGUGCAGGAAUAAGACAGCCUUUACCAGUUACACUGCCUGCAAAUCUACCUCCUGGAACUCAGAUCAAGGUGCUUAGCCCAUCUGGUCAGCUGACAGCUAUUGGACCUGGUAGUAUACAGGCAGCAUUACAAAGUAUUAUGGCACAGCUUCCACCUGGAAUGCAGCUUCAACAAAUAAAAGCUGGCACUUCUACUGUCUUCCAAGCUGUUCCAAUUCUUACUACAGCUGGUAGCAAGCCUGCAUCUGGUACACUCGUACAGUCUGGUGCUAAAGUCUCCAUGGUAACAGCUCCAUCAUCUUCAAAGGGAACUGUGAUGACAACUCCAAGUACAGUUAAAGCACCAGGAGUCACUCUUGUUUCACAGCUGGGAUCACAGUUAAAGGUCGUCCCUACUGUAACAGUUGCAAAGUCGUCAGUCCAGAGUACCACAAGCAUGGUGACCAGUGCACCAAAUACCAUGCCUCAAGCAACCAAGGUUUUGGGAACCACACAGGUUACAAAAGCAUUGAGCACCCCCAAAAUUGUUUCUACAGUUUCUUCUCAGCAAAUUUCAAAUGCUGUUGCUUUUACCAAACAACCUACAGUUAUCACUACUUUUCAGCAGCCAACAAAGUCUCUAGUAGCAACCACAAAUGCCAUCCCAGCAUCUAUUUUAAUGCCUUCCACUAUUGCAAAGACAACUGGAAUGCCUCAAAAAACUAACACAGCUCCAACUCCAAUACCAGGUACACCACAGAAUGUUACUGGCAGUGUUAUGUCUGUCCCAGGCAUUACCAAAACAUCUCUCACCAUGGUAACCAAACCCAGUCUUGUGAGCGUUGUGACCCCUUCAGUCAUUCCUGUAAAUAGAGCAACAAAACCUGUCAGUACCCCUGUUGUUACUGCCUUGACAACUCCAUUAGUUUCUUCCACCAUACCUUCAGCAAGUCAUGCCGUACCCAAGGUAUCGGCAAGUAUGGCCACACCCAGUCAUUCAGCAUUAGCAUCUACCUCUUUACCUAAAUCAUUAGUCAACUCUCCUACUACCUCAUCCAUGGCAUCAUUGGCAGCUCRUUUGACUUCAACAUCACAGUCAAGUCCAGUGGUAUCAGUCAAUGGAAGUGUUACAUCAAACACAGGAAUUGUCAAACAACAAAUAUUGCCACAACAAAAGGUCAACCCAAAACAGAACAAAGUGAUUACUGUUAAGAGGACUGUGCCGCAAAGCGUCUGGUAUGAUGUGGGAAUAGUAAAAGGCACUACAAUGCUUGUUACUCAUUACCAUCUAACAUCAGACAGCAAUAAAGAGUCUGAGAUUGAUGUGGUGAAUACAGACCAAAGCUCACCAAAGAAGCAAGAGUUACAACCAGGCACAGCCUAUAAAUUCAGAGUGGCAGCAAUAAAUGCUUGCGGCAGAGGUCCAUUCAGUGAUGUUUCAGCUUUCAAAACAUGUCUGCCAGGGUUUCCAGGAGCGCCAUCAGCUAUCAAAAUUAGCAAGAAUGGUGAUGGAGCACACUUAUCUUGGGAAGCACCAUCCAAUGCAUCUGGUAACGUCACAGAGUAUUCUGUAUACCUAGCAAUCAGGAGUCAAUCUUCAAAUCAAGACAUCAAGGAAAUGGGUGGAGUGAGUGGUGCUACACCCAAUAACCCAGUACAGCUUGCCUUCGUAAGGGUAUACUGUGGCGCCCAGCCUACUUGCACUGUUUCCAUGGCAACACUUCAUAGUGCGCACAUUGACUUUUCUACUAAGCCAGCUAUUAUUUUUAGAAUCGCUGCAAAAAAUGACAAAGGAUAUGGUCCUGCAACACAAGUCAGAUGGUUACAAGACCCAAGAGAUUUGAAAGAUGGACAACUAAUUGUCAAGCAAACAGGCAACAAGAGACCAGCCACAGACAAGUCUGCAGAGUCUGCUUCAAAGAAAGCAAAAAAAGAAAAAGACAAAAUCAAGAAAGAGUCUGAAAAAGAAGAGAAAAGAGUAAAUGAUGUAGAUAAUUUAAAAACUGAUGAAAAAGGGGAGCAGUCUGGAUCCAAGCAAUCCAUGGAAGCAACRGGAACAGUAGUCAAGGAGGAGUCAUAACAGACAUGUCAUUGGUUUACUGUUACAUAAAAUCUAUCCACAAGCAACAUGGAUUGUGUAAAAUACUUUUGGACGUUAAAAGUGGUCUUUUGAUAUCAUCAGUUCGUUCUUCAGAAGCUGUUUUAUAGUUUUGAAUCUCUUAUUAUUAUUCUCAUAACCCUGAGGCAGCUCAGUAAGGAAUAUUUACCUAAGAUCUUGGCAAGAGAUUCACCAGCAUAUUGGCUCCUUAUUUUAUCAACCAUACUCAAAACUGACUGUCAAAUCACUGAGCAAAUUAAAGGUUGAGAGCUACUUACAUUAUUACAUAACACAUAAGAUUAUGUAUCUUGAGCAACAUAUUAUACUGAUUAUUAUCAUUAUCAGGAAAUUUCUAUAGUAUCUACCUAUUGAUCUCUUCAAGAUUGUAAAACUGUUAUAGAUUUAUUCCUAGAUCCAUCCAUCCUUUUGCUCGGAUAUCUAAGGGUUUUUACUUUUUAUUAGCCAUAUAAUUGAGCAGCAUUAAAGAUUCUCCUGUAUAUGUAUUCAAAUCAUGUAUGCAUAUGGUUACUAGCUAAUAUCUGAUCGAGAUAGGAAAUCAGUUUUUUUAUCAUGGAAAUCUAAAACCACCAUUUUAAGAAGUGUCAAACAUUGUUUGUUUAUAGGAGAAACAAGUCAAUCAUGUCACAGGCAGUUUUGUUUUAAUGUACUUUGUCAAAUGUAUUUAUUAGUAAACUCAUUAAUUUCAUUUCUUAAGUAGUUAAGUUCUUAAGAUGUUACCUUAUUGUUCACUGUUCUAUCCUCAACUAGAUGUUAGCUCUUGCAAACUCUUUUUUUUUUCAAUGUCCAAAAUAAUUCCCAGACUUAUUGCUUUUGAUGGAAGUUGGGGAUAURAUACAUUUCCCGUUAUGACGGCUUUUCAAAACAAAAAGGCCAGCUUGCCUUUUUUCAGAUUUUUGAAAAGCCGUCAUAACGGGAAGUGCAUUAUUUGAAUCUGAGUUUUACCGGGGAAAAAUUAGCCAGCAAGACUUGGAGCAAGUCUAGGCUUGUACCAGUAGAACUAAUGACUUGACAUGUACAAGCAUGUCAGUAUAUUCAAUAYAGUACAUAAAUAGAAGUUAUUUUGCCAAUGUCAAUUCAAUAUUCUAUAAGUUUUUCACAACAGUUGACAUACGUCCAAUUAACCGUAAAGGGACUCAAAAAAGUGAUGUCAGUUUGAGAAAAACUUGUAGGCUGGUGAAAGUCUCUUUAUUUGUAGCUUUUAGUCUUGUUGCUUUGUAAAUCUAGAUUGUGAAUACUUCAUAUAUAUACUUUGUAUAAGAGGGUCAUUGGAUAAUCAUAACCUUUUCUUGGCCUGACAAUAUACUCUUACAGUAUGUCUUUGAAAUAAAGGCUCAGAUACAUAGUA